ACCUGCUGCGAGAUGUUGGUGCUGUGGAACCUUUAGGGAACAUGACCAUAGCACGAUCAAAUUCAGCAUACAUGCGGGGAGAGAAUCACCAUGGAAGUCUAACACAGAUACUUUGAAUUUCAGAAGAGGAAACUUCUCUAAAAUGAGGAAUUUGAUGAUAAGAAAACUGAAAGGGAAAAUCAGGAGAGUCACUUUCUCCAGAAUGCAUGGAGUUUACUUAAAACCACAAUACUAACUGUAGAAGCCAAGUUAGAAUGGCUAACAGAUAAAGUCAAGGAAGCUGUAAAGGGGAAGAAGACUUCCUUCAGAAAUUGGAAGGCCUGCUCAAAUGAAGAGAACAGAAAGGAACACAAACUCUGGCAAAAGAAAUGCAACGUGACAAUAAGGCAAAAAGAGUGUUUGAGGGACAUUUAGCUAAAAGCAUCAAGGGGAAUAACAAAAACUUUUUCAAAUACAUCAGAAGCAAGAAACGUGCCAAGGAGGUGCUUGGUAUCUGGAGGGUAAGAUUGACAGGUUGUUUUAAAAGUGAUGUAGAUAGGCUAUACCUCCCUCGCAGCUCAGGUGGAAGAGGAAUGCUGCAAGUCCAUCAAACAGUAGAGGAGGAGAAAAGAGGCAUUGAAGAAUAUAUCAAGGACAGUGAAGAAGAUGCACUUAAAAUGGUCAAUAACAAGAAACUAUUCAACACCAAUGAAACAAAGCAGGCCUACAAGAAAGAACAAGUCAAGAACCGAGCAGAAAAAUGGAAAAAUAAGCCACUGCAUGGUCAAUAUUUGCACAAUAUAAGUGGAAAAUCAGACAUCACUAAGACCUGGCAAUGGCUUAAGAAUGGCAACUUGAAGAAAGAAACAGAGGUUUUAAUAUUGGCUGCACAAGAACAGGCACUAAGAACAAAUGCAAUAAGAGCAAAAGUCAAAAAAUCAACAACAAACAGCAAGUGCCGCCUUUGUAAAGAAGGAGAUGAAACAGUGGACCACCUAAUCAGCUGUUGUAAAAAGAUCGCACAGACUGACUACAAACAAAGGCAUGACAAGGUAGCAGGGAUGAUACUCUGGAACAUCUGCAAAAAGUACAAGCUACCUGUAGUCAAAGAUUGGUGGGACCAUAAAAUUGAAAAGGUUGUAGAAAAUGAAGAUGCAAAAAUAUUAUGGGACUUCCGACUACAAACAGACAAACAUCUGCCAAUACACCAGAUAUAACUGUAGUCGAGAAGAAAGAAAAACAAGUUAAAAUAAUCAACAUAGCAAUACCAGGGGAUAGCAGAACAGAAGAAAAAGAAAUAGAAAAAAUCACAAAAUACAAAGAUCUACAAAUUGAAAUUGAAAGGCUGUGGCAGAAGAAGACCAAAAUAAUCCCAGUAGUAAUUGGCACCCUAGGUGCAAUUCCAAAAGGCCUUGAAGAGCACCUCAGUACUAUAGGGGCCACAGAAAUCACCAUCAGCCAAUUACAAAAAACAACUUUACUGGGAACAGCCUAUAUUCUGCAACGAUAUCUAUAAUAAUAACAACAUUGAUAAUAAAAUUCAGCCAUCUCAGGUCAUUGGGAAGGACCCGAUGUCUAGAUAAAACAAACCAGUCAAUAACACCUGUUUGACUGUGUAAACAAGAAAUAAUAAACUUUGUUAGCCACCCCAUAACAAAUUGUUCUUUGGGCGGCUCACAACACAACAAUGAAGUGUCCACAUUAGUAAAAGCAAUCAGUUUAAUGUGGAUAGAGGUUUCAUCUUGGGUUACUUUAUAUGUCAGAUGUUUUCAGAUAAUGUUCAUUCAUUCUGUCUUCUAAGCAGACAGGUGUUUCUCUUGUUCAACUGGUUAAAAUGACACAAUGAUGUCAUACUUAUUAAACAAGGUUUUCUUCA